AUGGUUAAGCUUCCGCAUGCUUUGUUCCUAACAACAUUAGUCCUUCACUUAUCGUUCACAUUGGCCAUUUCGGCGAGAGGGCAAGUCCCGACUCCCCCGUUGCCAAUUCUCCCUCUCCCGUCGUACUCGCAGCUCAAAUGGCAACAGAGAGAGAUCAUCAUGUUCCUCCACUUCGGCGUCAACACCUUCACUGGCUAUGAGCGGGGGACCGGGCACGAGGACCCGGCCAUAUUCAACCCGGUUGGCCUCGACACGAACCAGUGGGUGAGCGCGGCCGUGGAUGCCGGGAUCUCCCUCAUGAUCUUGACUGCUAAGCACCACGACGGGUUUUGCUUGUGGCCUUCAAAGUACACCGAUCACUCCGUGGAGAGGAGCCGUUGGAAAGACGGAAAGGGGGAUGUGGUCUGGGAGUUUGUGGAUGCGGCUAAGGCUCGCGGGGUCGAUGUUGGGCUGUACUUGUCCCCGUGGGAUAGGCACGAACCAAGAUAUGGUCACAUCUUGGAGUACAAUGAGUAUUACUUGGCUCAAUUACAAGAGCUUCUCACCAACUACGGGAGUUUGAGGGAGAUAUGGUUUGACGGAUUCAAGAAUUCAACGCUAAACAUGACGUACUACUUCACGGAGUGGUUCUCGAUGGUGAAGGAGUUGCAGAGCUCGAUCAACAUAUUCUCGGAUGCAGGUCCUGACGUGAGGUGGGUCGGGAAUGAGGAUGGAAUUGCAGGGACCACUUGUUGGGCCACCAUCAACAGGACCUCUCUCUCCAUUGGGAAUGCCAGCAUUGAAGGGUAUCUUAACGUUGGUGAUCCAAGAGGGACCCAUUAUCUACCGGCAGAAUGUGACGUCACAAUUAGAGAUGGAUGGUUCUGGCACAAGUCAGAAUCUCCAAAAAAACUAAGCAAACUCCUCCAAAUAUAUUACAAUUCGGUGGGACGAAAUUGCGUGCUACUUCUCAACGUGCCACCAAACACAACAGGCCUCCCACCAGAGACGGACGUGCACACAUUGAAAGAGUUGAGGACCGCAUUGGACACCAUCUUCUCAGUCAAUUUAGCAGAGAAAUGCUCCGUUAAAGCGAGCAGCCAGAGAGGAGGCGAGGACGGUGGGUUCGGGCCUGAGAAUGUGCUGGACAGCGACCACUUGUGGACCUAUUGGGCUCCAGUAGAUGAAGACGAUGCUCAGGACCACUGGAUCGAGAUGAGGGGGGCGGACGGAGGGCUCAGAUUCAACGUGGUCAGGAUUCAAGAAGCAGUGGGGCUUGGUCAACGGAUCAAGCGGCACGAGAUCUACGUGGAUGGCAAGAAGGUAGCUCAAGGGACCACGGUGGGGCACAAGAGGCUUCACAGGCUCAAAGGAGGCGUGGUCCAAGGUAGUGUGGUGAGGAUCAGGAUCACUGAAUCGAAGGGCUUGCCUCUCGUCUCUUCCAUCGGCCUGCAUCUUGACCCGUUUUGGCAACCCAAGGAUGUGAAGGUCCCUUAGCUUAGCAGACACACCAUAAUAAAGAGAAAAUGUAAGGUGCCCUCUUUUUCUCCGAAGCUGAAAAAUGUAAAAGCAAGAAAGAGAAAUGGAAAUUCCCAACCUCGCAGAACUAGCGUCAUAAUCUGGUACAACAGUUCUCUCCCUUUAUUUCCCUCACAGGAAGGAAUGAAAUCGGUGUGCACAUGUGUCAGCGCACGCAUGUGCACAUUGAAGAGACCUAUUGAGA